GUGCGGUCCCAAUCUACCUGGCUCUUCGCCUGUCCAGCUCAGCUCCUGCGGCUCCACCUCGUCCAGUCUGGCUAUGGGCGCGGGCUCGGUGCGGGCGCGCUACCUCGUGUACUUCCAGUAUUUGGGAACGGACUUUAACGGGGUCGCGGCCGUCCGAGGCGUCCAGCGCGCCGUCGGAGUCCAGAACUACCUGGAGGAGGCCGCAGAGCGGCUGAACUCGGUGGUGCCGGUAAAGUUCACCAUUUCCAGCCGCACGGAUGCUGGGGUCCACGCCCUAAGUAACGCGGCGCACCUGGACAUCCAGCGCCGCUCAGAUCUGCCACCCUUCUCCCCUGAGGUCCUGACGGAAGCCCUCAACACCCACCUGAAGCACCCUGCGAUCAGGGUGCUACAGGCCUUCCGUGUACCCAGCCACUUCCAUGCCCGCCAUGCAGCCAUAUCCAGGACCUACCUGUACCGCCUAGCUACCGGCUGCCCUAGGCCUGACAGGCUGCCUGUAUUUGAACGAAACCGGUGCUGGGCGCUUCAGGCAGACUGCUUGGAUGUGGCUGCCAUGCAGGAAGCCGCCCAGCACCUCCUGGGGACACAUGACUUCAGUGCCUUCCAGUCAGCUGGCAGCCCAGCCUCCAGCCCGGUGCGCACUUUGCGCCGGGCCUCUGUGUCCCCCGACCCCGCCAGCCCCUUUGUCCUCCCCGAGGAAAGCAGGCGGUUGCAGUUCUGGAGCCUGGAGUUUGAGAGCCAGUCCUUCCUGUACAAACAGGUGGGCUCCGCGGGGGUCUUCCCUGGGGGUGGGGCCUGGGGCUUGAGCAGCUGCAGCAGUGUUUGCUUUGGGUCACAGGUACGGAGAAUGACUGCUGUACUUGUAGCUGUGGGGCUGGGGGCUUUGAUGCCUGCUCAGGUGAAAGCCAUUCUGGAGAGCCAGGACCCCCUGGGGAAACACCAGAGCCGUGUGGCCCCUGCCCAUGGCUUGUUCCUGAAGUCAGUGCUCUACGAAGGCCUUGGAUGACCUGGGGUCUGUCCAUAGGUCCUACCUCCAUGCAGCCUCCUCGCAUGCCCUCAGAGACCCAGUAUAGAAGUCAUAGGUAACCCUCUGCUGCUCCGCUGCUUGACCCUGCCCUACACCGUGCAACGACCACAGCAACCCUGUACCUGCCUCAAGUCCCCACCUCACUGGGCGCUUGCCCAGGUGGGCUGCCACAGAGGAGUGGUGCAGGAGACAGGCGGAAGCAUCAGAAAGGGAGACGCCCAGACAGCCUGUGGUGGUUUUUAUUGGAGAUCAACACCCCAAGAACCCCAACCCAUCUCCUGGGAGGCCAGGAGUAGAAAUAAAAGGUGA